AUGAUUGAGUUCACGCAAGCAAGUUAUCCCCACUUGCAGUGCUUGGAGUUGGCCGACAACACGCAGGGCACUGAUGAAUUGAACAUCAACCUCUUAAUUGGAGCAGAUUUCUACUGGCAUUUCGUCAAUGGAAUUACCAUUCGUGGCCCAGAACCAAGACUUGUAGCACUAUCCACUAGACUCGGUUAUAUUUUAUCUGGCCCAGUGAACAUUCCAGUUCCUUGUCACGAGGAUUCCACAGUUAAUCUGACGGAAACGCAUGUACUUGAAAUCUCUGCCAGUGUGUGUGAUGAGGAGAUCUCACUCGAUCAGCAAGUGAAACAAUCCUGGGACCUCAAAACACUAGCAAUCAAAGAGAACGAACCAACGGUCCAUGAGAAGUUCAUCACAGACAUCAGACACGAUGGAGAGAGAUACGAAGUAAAGCUGCCGUUCAAGGAAUUCCAUCCUGUUCUACCGGACAACUAUCAACUGAGCAAACGAAGAUUAGGAUCCCUCUUACAGAGGCUCAAGUCAAAGCCGCAAGUCCUUGAACAUUACGACGAAAUAAUUCGUGAUCAACUAAGGAACAAUAUCGUUGAAGCCAUCACUUCAGAAAGGGAACCAGAUGCAGGGAAAGUACAUUACCUACCUCACAGAGAAGUAAUCAGAAUGGACAAGGAGACCACCAAGAUCCGCGUUGUUUGA